CUGGAUAUGGGCUUAGUUCGCGAUCGCAUCUCCUAGAGGUGCACCUCUAACCUCUAAUAUAUUAAUUACCCCUCUUUACCUUUCCGGGCAUUAUGUGAGUUGUUUUUGAGGGGUGUAAAUGACGCGAUGUGUGCCUACCACACCUACCCUAGUAGCAGAGGCUCGAAGUCGUCGUCUGGAUGGAAUAACGAGGAUACUAGUCAUCAACAUGUUGUGAAUCCGACCUCGCACCACCAAAAAGAGGUUCUGUCGUCUAACUCCGGACAUUUAGUUAAAGUUACCACCAGAAACGGACCUAUUAUAUCAAAAACUGCACUUAAUACUUACAGCCAGCCCCUGCUUAGCCAUCAUCAUCAACACCAAGAACCGCUUUUAUCAUCAUCCGAGCAUCAUUAUGGAUCGCACUCGAGCUCUUCAUCAUCCAGACAUCAUUACUUGAGUUCUAGCUACCGUAAUGGGAUGUCCAGGAGUGCGUUUUUCAGUUCGGACCUGCCUCAUCUAGAAACAAUAACAUCAGCUAUAAAAUCAACAUCCAGACUGAACCUAAAUCAGGGCUCCGCACUGUCCACUCCAAAUUCACCAAUGGUGGACCUACCCACAAUCAAUAACAACUCCCAUAAGGACCAUGAAGUUACCAAUAAUAAUAAAGACGAGGUUUCAUUUCCUCUUACACCAACAGAGGCUCUCCGUCUCUAUGGAAAUCGACUAACGGAAUACGAAAAGACUGAAAUAGAAAAAUACUCGAAAAUCUGGUAUUUAGGACUGAACGCUUGCAAAAUCCAUGGGGAGCAUUUGGGAUCACAAAACGGCGGUUACGAUGAUGAUAGUGGAAGCUACAAUAAGGUUCUUCACGAUCACAUAUGCUACCGCUACGAAAUCCUGGAAGUGAUAGGCAAAGGCAGUUUCGGCCAAGUGAUUCGUGCAUUAGAUCACAUGACCAAUCGUCACGUAGCCAUCAAAAUUAUCCGAAACAAAAAACGUUUCCAUCAUCAGGCUCUGGUCGAAGUGAGGAUACUGGAUCAUUUGCGAAAAAAGGACAAAGACAGCAACCACAACGUUAUUCACAUGUUGGAGUAUUUUUAUUUUAGGAAUCAUUUGUGUAUUAGUUUCGAAUUAUUAAGUUUAAAUCUGUACGAGCUCAUCAAAAAGAACAACUACCAAGGCUUCAGCCUGAACCUGAUCAGGAGGUUCGCGAACUCGCUUCUAAAGUGCCUCAGGCUGUUACAGAAAGAGAAUAUCAUCCAUUGCGAUCUCAAACCGGAAAACGUCCUACUAAAACAACGAGGCAGCAGCUCAAUAAAAGUAAUAGACUUCGGUAGUUCCUGCUAUUCCAACCAAAGAGUCUACACCUACAUUCAAUCAAGAUUCUACAGAUCUCCGGAAGUUAUUUUGGGUUUGACUUAUGGCACUCCGAUCGACAUGUGGAGUCUGGGAUGUAUUUUGGCCGAACUCUACACCGGUUAUCCAUUAUUCCCUGGUGAAAACGAAGUGGAACAAUUGGCCUGUUUGAUGGAAAUUUUGGGUGCACCUCCCGAUGACUUGAUUGCAGUUGCUACUAGACGAAGAUUAUUCUUUGAUUCUCGAGGAAACCCCAGAUGUGUUACCAAUUCAAAAGGCAGAAAACGGAAACCAGGAAGCAAAAGUUUACCUAUGGUACUGCGUUGCAGUGAUGCCAUGUUUAUUGAUUUCGUUUCCAGAUGUUUAGAAUGGAAUCCCAAACGUCGUAUGACCCCCAGCGAAGCUCUGUGCCACUCCUGGAUCCUCUCUGGAGCUUCGCACACGCGCCAAAGUAAAUCGAGCGAACUGAGGCACAGCCACUCAGAAGUAAACGUAGCCAAUGACAGUCACUCAUCAUCGAGUAGCAUUUCUGGAAGCAGCCAUUCCAGGACUCAUUACAAAUGCGUUGUGCAACAACAAAAGAGUAAUGGCGACAAAGUACGUGCGAAAAUUAUCGAAAAUUCCACCGCCAAAUUGGAUUCGAACUUAAACGACUCCGGCACUUUUUUGCCACCCAUAUUGUAAUUUUUUUCUUUAGGUUUUUUAGCUGAAAGAGAGAGACGAGGACCAUUUUUUGCAGUGGAACGUUGACCAAAAUACUGCCAAAAUGUAUUAAUGUAUUUGUAGAUGAUUCGUAUUUUGUGUGUAAAGACAAAAUUUGGUUGAUGGUAUCAGGGUAGUUGAAAAAUGUAUAACCAGUGUUGGCUUUGAGUAGCUGAAAAUGACGAACAGAAAUAACGGUAAAAUUUAGCUUAAUAGGAAUGAUUUUUUCUGAGGCAACAUGUCAAUUUAUUAUUGCAGUUUUGUUGUAUUUUAAUAUUGGAAUCUAAAAACUUAAUUAGUUAGUACGGUUAGUACCUAUACCUACCGGAAAAUGAUUUUUAAUGUAUUUAUUUUAAACUGCGCAUAUUCAGGCAUAAGUUUUGUUUUAGUUAAUGUUUUUGAAUUAUUUUAGUCGCAACAGAGACGGGAAAGGAGUGAAGCAGAGUUUAUUUUAUAUUAAAAUAUCCCUGCUAUGCCAAAAUUCACAUUUUGCCUCAAAAAUACUCCAAAAAUAAAUGUUGAUAGUAGAUAGUUAAGUGUAACUAAAAAACAAUGACAAUAUAGUAUGAUAUCUCCUAUCUUCCCUCUUAACCCUUUAUACAUACCCUCUGGCACGGUCUAUGUACUAAACUAAGGGUAAUAACGAUCUCGUUUAAGACCAAUUAGUUAAUUACUUACUAUAAUUUUUUCUAGCAUUAAUUGUUGCCAUCAUUUUAAUUUUAAUUUUUAUUAUUCGUGAUGAUUUUUUUUUUAUUAUUAUUAUUAGCUUUAAGUGUAUGUAUAUAAAACUUUAACUAUUUGCUCGAUCUUAAUUUGUUUAACCAUGAACCAAUCAAAUCUGAUUGGUCGUUAUUUUAUUAUAUUUAUCUUUAACUCAAAUAAAAUAUUAAUCUUACAUAAUAUUUAGCAUCAUUAUAGCCUUUAUCUUUGACUGACCCUCCCUGGAAAGAAUAUUUUUUAGAUAAAAAUUGUCCUUUUUUACUUGAAAGAAGCUUUAUGGAUGUUUAAUGUUUUAAAUUGAACAAUUGAAAAUUGAUUUAUAUGUAUAUCAUCUGUAUAUUCUACAAAAGAAUUUUGCCUAAAUCGAAUUAAUUUUCAAAUUGUUCUGUCUUUUAAGACGAUAAGAGAAAUCACACACUCUCGAAGGUUUUGUAGGAUAAUUUCUAGUCCUCACAGUUGCCAGAAUUAAAUGGCAAUUCUCUCCUCUUUUUGAUUUAAGCUAGAAACUCCUGAUCCAAAACCUUCUGGCCCAGUGUACACUCGCCUUUUAUGUCUGAAUCUUUUUGUGUAGAUACAUGGUCUUUAUUUUAAGCGGAUUAUUUGUGAUAAUUUGGUCCUGAAAAAAGUUGCGAAAGUUUAUUUAAAAACAAAAAAAUUCAUGAGUAUAUUAUUAUAAAUGUUGACACAUCCCAUUGUGAUAAGAAUUUUUCAAAAUAUUAAAAAAUGUAUUGAACCCCGAUUAUAAAGCCUAAUAAAUAAUGUUUUAGAAAUACUUGUUAGUUUGAAUCAUAAAGGCAUAUUUCCGUGUUUUUUAGGAGGAUUUUCCAGUUUUUUCGUCGCAAGAAGAUUUAAAUCCCUGCACAAUCUCCAACGUGUAGUUUUAGGUUCAAUAAUAUCAUCUACGUAGCCUUUUUGAGCUGCAGGAAAUGGACUAGCGAAUUUCUCAAUAUAUUCUUUUUCUAAUUCUUCAAUGUUUAGUUUGUUUUUGUACAGAACCGAGGCUGCACUUUUUGCACCCAUUACCGCUACUUCUGCUGAUGGCCAGGCGUAGUUCACAUCUCCUCUCAAGUGUUUUGAGGACGAUGUUAUGUAGGCACCACCAUAA